AUGGGCACGCAUCAGCGCAUCAAAACGCGCCCAUAUCACCGCCGCCUCGACACUGCAUCACGCUUCCUCGUGCCGAAGGAUUUGCCCAACCGCUCUCGCGCUUUCAAACGCCUUGCGGACGAGCGUCACCCCCGCCUCCGCCGCGCGCUGCCCGAAGCCGUAUUUGACCAACUUAGUCGAGAACGCGAAGCAGGUGCCCCCCACCAGUACACCACCGCUGAGCUCCGCGCCAUCGACGCAGUCGAGCAGGCCAAACUUGUGGCGCACAACGACCGCCAGCACUUCCAGGCACAACGCGACCAAGCCUGUGCUAGGCAAAACACGCACGCCAGCUCCUCCAGCAGCCGCUCUCUAGCAGAACGCCUCACCGCUGCUCCGACCUACACUCCCAUCGCUCCAGAAUCUGUCACCAUCGACUUCUCGAAGUACUCGGCAGCCGACCUCGCCUGCAUCUUCACACUGAAGUUUGCUGCCACCCUCAAACGCUUCAACGUCCUAGAGACGCUCGACUGCUCCGACGUCCUCACCGAUGACAUCAGCGCAGUCUUCAAACUCCGUGACCGCCUUGCUCACUUUGAUCGCACGCUCAAAGACGUGUCCCGCGUUAUUAGCAUCGAGGAGUGGAAUCGCUGGGAUUCCGGGUUGAAACAGAUUGGAGGCAUCUCCUUCAAAGGACUGCGGUGUAACCGAGUCCAGGUUUUUAAAGUGCUUCGCGCGGUUUGGAAUAACGGGUAUUUCGACUAG